AUGCCGCAUGAGAUUCUCGUUGGUGGCUCGUGCUACACGGCUACCAGUGCACAGGAGCUGAGAGCUCGUGCCAACAAGACCAGCCGGCCCGAGAUCAAACAGAUCCGCGGUCAGUGGCUGUACUUUGUCGACCUGAAGUCGUCCAACAAGACUGUUCUGGACAGCGUCAAGGCGCUCCUUGAGGAUGUCGACUCCGAACCUCUCCUUGCUUCUGAGAGCGCCAGCAACUCAACCACAGUCUACGUCACCCCCCGAUACCUCUCGCCAUGGAGCUCCCAAGCUACCAGCAUUGCCCAUGUCUGCGGCCUGAAGGAUCAGGUAAACCGGAUCGAAAGGGGUCGACUCGUUGUCAUCGAUUUCCAAGGGCCCCUUCAUUCUGGACAAGACGCCACUUUUCGAGAUGUCCUGUACGAUCGUAUGACCGAGACGUUUGCUUUCGAGAAGCCUGAACUUGACGUCAUGUUUGCUGCUGGCAUUCCUGCGCCACUGGUUGUCGUGGACAUCUUUGCCGACCCCAAAGAUCCUCUUACCGUCCUUCGAGAAUACAACAAGGAAAAGGGACUAAGUCUUGAUGAAUCCGAGAUGGAGUACCUCGUCGACGUAUUCAAGAAGCUCGGCCGCUCGCCUCACGAUGUUGAGCUUUUCAUGUUUGCCCAAGUCAACUCGGAACAUUGCCGGCACAAGGUAUUCAACGCCAGCUGGACAAUUGACGGUGUCAGGAAGGAUAAGAGCUUGUUUGAAAUGAUUCGAAACACUCACAAGAGGACUCCUGAUUACACCGUGUCAGCCUACAGCGACAAUGCCGCUGUUCUUCAGGGGGAAUCCGCACAUUUUUGGGCGCCCGAAUACUCGACCGGAACCUGGACAUUAACCCCAGAAGUUGCCCAUAUUUUGGCCAAAGUUGAGACUCACAAUCACCCGACUGCCAUCUCGCCUUUCCCGGGUGCCGCCACUGGUUCUGGUGGUGAGAUUCGCGACGAGGCUGCUGUCGGACGCGGUUCCGUGACAAAAGGCGGUCUUGCCGGGUACUGGGUCUCUGAUCUGCUGAUUCCUGAUCAUCAAGCUCCUUGGGAAGUUGAUAUUGGCCGUCCUACUCAUUAUGCCAGCAGCUUAGACAUCAUGCUUGAAGCCCCUAUUGGCAGUGCUCGCUUCAAUAACGAAUUUGGCCGCCCAUGUCUCACGGGCUGCUUCCGAACGCUUCUCACCCCCGAAACCCCCAGCGAUGGUGCCCAAGCCGAGGUUUCUGCAUGGCGCGGAUACCACAAGCCUAUUAUGCUGGCCGGUGGUGUGGGCACAGUUCGCCCUUCCAACGCGCUGAAAGAGGAGCGCUUUGUCCGCGAGGGUGCCCAUGUCAUUGUUCUCGGUGGUCCCGCCAUGUUGAUUGGUCUCGGAGGCGGUGCUGCUUCUAGUAAUGCGUCUGGCGAGGGCAAUGCCGACUUGGACUUUGAUAGCGUCCAGCGUGGAAACCCGGAGAUGGAACGACGUGCCCAAAUGGUCAUCAAUACCUGCACUGCUCUUGGCGACCAGAACCCGAUUGCUAUGAUACACGAUGUUGGAGCUGGUGGCCUCUCCAAUGCCCUGCCCGAGCUUGUCAAAGACGCAGGAUUUGGAGGCAACUUCGAAUUACGCCAAGUCGAGAGCGCUGAUCGAAGCAUGAGUCCUCUGCAGAUCUGGUGUAACGAGGCUCAGGAACGAUAUGUUCUGCUAAUCAACCCGGAAAACAUGAAUCGCUUCGCUAGCAUAUGCUGCAGAGAACGCUGCGGAUUCUCCGAUGUUGGAGCUGUUGCCACGAGUGGUGCGAAUGGUGGCGCCAACUUGAUUCUUACAGACCGCGAAUCCAAGGAAUACCCUCGCCCUAUUGACCUGCCAAUGGACGCCUUAUUCCCGCCGAAGCGUCAGCAGGAACGGACUGUCGACUCGAAGAAGCCCGUUUUGACACCCUUCGAUGCCUAUGCCAGCCUUCAAAAGGCAUUCGGGUCUGAAGUGGACGAUGCUACCUUGUUCAAAAAGGCUGUAGAGCGCGUCUUCCUCAUGCCUGCAGUGGGCUCAAAGUCGUUCCUCAUCACAAUUGGCGACAGAACCGUCGGUGGCCUCACAGCUCGUGAUCAGUUCGUCGGGCCCUGGCAGACUCCAGUGGCCGAUGUUGCCGUGAUAGCUACCUCAUUCAGUCUCGGCGGAAAGCAAAGAACCGGCGAGGCCAUGGCCAUGGGUGAGAAACCGACGCUGGCUCUUAUUAACCCCGGCGCCUCCGCCAGGAUGGCUGUCGCAGAGAGCUUGAUGAACAUUGGUGCUGCAGAUGUGAUGGGAGACCUGCGCAGAGUCAAGCUGUCAGCCAACUGGAUGGCAGCUGUCAAUCAUGCCGGCGAGGGUGCGGCCCUUUACGAGGCCGUAGAGGCCAUUGGCAUGGAAAUGUGCCCCCAACUCAGCGUCAGCAUUCCUGUCGGAAAGGAUUCUACCUCGAUGAAGGCUGUAUGGAAGAAACAAAACGAAGUGAAGAGCGUAACGGCCCCGGUCACCGUUGCCAUUUCGGCAUUUGCUGUUGUAAAGGAUAUCUUGAACACGUGGACGCCUCAGCUCCGAAGAGUUGAAGAGGUUGGAAAGUCUAUUCUAUUGUUUGUUGAUCUUGCCGAGGGUCGAAGGGCCAUGGGAGGCUCAGCGUUGGCCCAGUCGCUCGGUGCUAUCGGAAACGAAGCCCCCGACAUGAAGAACUUCAACCUCAUUACCGACUAUUUUGAUGCCUUGUCGCAACUUCACGAGAGUGGUGUUGUCCUCGCAUACCACGAUCGCUCUGACGGAGGUUUGGUCACAACUAUUGCCGAGAUGAUGUUUGCUGGUCGCUGCGGCGUUGACGUCAUGAUGGAUGGCAUCGCAAAGAGCGGCUCGGCAGGCGACAUGCUUGAAGCGUUGUUCAACGAGGAGCUUGGUGCUGUCUUCCAGGUUAAGGAGUCGGAUGAGAUGAAUUUCAAGCGAUGCUUCGCCACUUGCGGACCUCCUCCCAGGCUGAUUCGCAAGUUUGGAGUUGUCAAGGCCAGCCAUAACCAGUCCUUGACCAUCCGCCACGGGGCGACCACCUUUACCAAUCUUGACCGCGCUGAAAUGCAGCAGUGGUGGUCCAAGACAUCUCACCAGAUGCAACGCCUUCGAGAUAACCCCGUCUGCGCCGACUCCGAAUAUGCCACCAUUUCCGAUGCAUCUGACCCUGGCAUCUCUUAUCACCUGACUUACUCACCAUCCGACAACAUACUCCCGCUGACAUCCUCCAUCACUGGGUUUUUCAACAAGACGCCUCGGGUUGCGGUUCUCCGCGAGCAGGGCGUGAAUGGAUAUGCCGAACUGGCUUUCGCUUUCAAAGCCGCUGGAUUUGAACCUAUUGAUGUUCACAUGACUGAUGUCCUCGGAGGGCGGUCUCUUGCCGACUUUACUGGUCUUGCUGCCCCUGGCGGAUUCUCAUAUGGCGACGUUCUCGGUGCUGGCCAAGGCUGGGCCAGGUCCGUUUUGAUGCAUGAAAGCACACGCCGCGAGUUUGAGCAUUUCUUCAGGCGCCCCGACACGUUUGCUCUCGGUGUUUGUAACGGCUGUCAGUUCCUGACUCGUAUCCACGAGCUCAUUCCUGGCACAGAACACUGGCCAACCUUUGUUCACAACGAGAGUGCUCAGUUCGAAGGUCGAUACAGCAUGGUGACAAUUCAGGAAGACGAGAACAGGCCGUCCGUCUUCUUUCACGGCAUGAACGGCUCGUCACUCCCCGUGGUUGUGUCCCAUGGCGAAGGAAGAGCCAAAUUCUCUUCACCGAAUUCCCUGCAGGAGCUCACCGACUCGGGCAUGGUCCCCAUGCGCUAUGUUGACAACAGGCUAGAGGUCACUGAGAAAUACCCGUACAAUCCCAACGGAAGCCCCGGCGGUGUUGCUGGAGUCUCCAGCAGGGACGGCCGUUUUGUUGCCAUGAUGCCUCACCCUGAACGAACCAUCAUUGCUGGCGUAAACAGCUACAUCCCCCCCAGGGCCACAGACCAGUGGGGUGACUUUGGUCCCUGGAUUCGAAUUUUCAAGAGCGUGCGUAGAUGGGUUGGUUAA